CUUACACGGACCGUUGAAACUUGACAGCUGAACUGCAAACCCUGAAAAAAUGGGCGCAAAACCAACAUAACAAACGCUCAAAACUCAUGAAGCCUGGUUUAUUUUUGCCUAUCAGUAUGAUCUAAAGGUGUCCUCGACCCUGCUACACAUGCUGCACCAGUUUUUUACGGACUAAAAGCUAUUUGACAGACAACAUCAUGUCGUUUCUCGUGGACUCAGUCAUCAUGUUCACCUCACAGGUGCUGUUUUUUGGAUUUGGCUGGUUAUUCUUCAUGCGGCAACUGUUUAAAGAUUAUGAGGUACGACAGUAUGUUGUCCAGGUAGUUUUCUCUGUCACAUUUGCCUUUUCAUGCACCAUGUUUGAGCUUAUCAUCUUUGAGAUACUAGGUGCCUUAAGUAGUAGUUCUAGGUAUUUCCACUGGAAGCUGAAUUUAUAUGUGAUACUGCUGGUUCUAAUCUUUGUGGUGCCUUUCUACAUCGGUUAUUUUGUUGUCAGCAACAUUCGUCUGCUGCAUAGACAGAGGCUUCUGUUUGCUUGUAUGGUUUGGUUUACCUUCAUGUAUUUCUUUUGGAAGUUGGGGGACCCAUUCCCAAUUUUAAGUCCAAAACAUGGCAUUCUGUCAAUUGAGCAGCUUAUCAGUCGAGUUGGUGUGAUCGGUGUCACGCUCAUGGCCCUGUUGUCUGGCUUUGGUGCAGUCAACUGUCCCUACACGUACAUGUCUUAUUUCCUCAGAAAUGUAACAGACGCAGACAUCCUUGCUCUGGAGAGGCGGCUGCUCCAGACUAUGGACAUGAUUGUCAGCAAAAAGAAACGAAUUGCCAUGACACGGAGGCAGAUGUACCAGCGUGGAGAGGACCAGAACAAACAGACAGGAUUCUGGGGAAUGAUCAAAAGUGUUACCUCCACACAAACAGGCAGUGAAAACCUCUCUCUGAUCCAGCAGGAAGUCGAUGCAUUGGAGGAACUGAGUCGACAACUCUUUCUGGAGACUGUAGACCUACAAGCCACCAAGGAGCGAAUCGAGUACUCAAAGACAUUCCAGGGGAAAUACUUCAACUUUCUUGGCUACUUCUUCUCCAUCUAUUGUGUUUGGAAAAUCUUCAUGGCAACUAUAAACAUCGUGUUUGAUCGUGUUGGAAAGACUGAUCCGGUGACGAGGGGUAUUGAAAUUACAGUGAACUACUUGGGCAUCCAGUUUGAUGUUAAGUUUUGGUCUCAGCACAUCUCUUUCAUCUUGGUGGGAAUAAUAAUCGUUACAUCUAUUCGUGGCUUGCUCAUCACCCUCACUAAGUUCUUCUACGCCAUAUCAAGCAGCAAGUCCUCCAAUGUCAUCGUGCUUGUCCUUGCUCAGAUCAUGGGGAUGUAUUUUGUAUCAUCUGUGCUGCUGAUGCGUAUGAGCAUGCCGUUGGAGUACCGUUCCAUCGUGACAGAGGUUCUGGGAGAGCUGCAGUUCAACUUCUACCACCGGUGGUUCGAUGUCAUUUUCCUGGUCAGCGCACUGUCAAGCAUCCUGUUUCUUUAUCUGGCACAUAAGCAGGCACCAGAGAAACACAUGGCCCUCUGAUCUCAGCCAUCUCUCCCUGGAUAUGACCGCUGAUUCCUGGAGGGACUUUGAAUCUGGUAUUUUGAUAUAUCCAGAAGUGUUUUUCUUUUUUAAGUGUUGGACUUAAUUAUCCGGACUGCUUGUUCCUGAAUCAGGAACAGCUGAUUGUUAGUUUAAGGUAAUGGGGAACUAUCAGAGCAAAUGAAUAAGCCUUCAAAGGCAAGUAUUUACAGAACAAUAAUGGGCAUCAUGACUUACCCACAAAUACAAGAAAAGAUCUUGUGCUCUUAAAAUUCCCCUACUUUGUUCUGAAUUGUUUUACUUCCUCGGUCCAAACACACUGGAGCUGUACUGUUCAAAGCACACCCCUACUUCUGUUCUGCUUAUGUUUAAAUAGACUUUAUGAAGGGUAAAUUGAAAAGUAAUGGUCUUUAUUUUGACGACCACUUAUUAAAAUCAUGUGUAAUGAAAAUGAGAACAAAUACACACAAAAAAAGCUUG